AUGAUCAUCCAACACCCGGAUUCCUGCGCCCUAGGCCUAUCAAGUCCUGUGUGCAGCACAGUGCUGUGCAUCCGUGAGAUAAUCGAUAUCAUUGCAAAUGCAUGUUUACAGGAUAAACAUUUAGGCAAGAAAACACACACUCUCACGCUUUCUGACGCGAGUAUUUUUUCUGAACCGCUAUCUAAACGCUAUCCUGCUAGAGACGCUUCCGUGGCUACAGACACCAGAGUUCGACACUGCCAGGAGCGUCCUAGCAUCAGAGGUUGCACCACAGGAGGCAUGGUAGCUGUGAACUGUAAGCUCGAUGGCGGCAGGUUCAUUACAUUAACAAUAGCAAUCUCCGGCCUUCCUAUCUCAUGUGAAGAAGGUCAAAGACUGGCCAAUCUUAUCUUUUUGGACAACCACAAGGAGUGUGAAAGUAACGAUAAGUUGUCACUACUUGAACGUUUUGUCCUGGAUCUAAGGAGUGUGAUUAUAUCUGCAAACAGAUCUACCGGAAAGCCUGCCAUCAUUGAAAUCCUUGAUGCUGCAAGCAGGCUUCGAUUUACGCUCCACAUUCCUCAGAAGGACCUGCGCUACUGCGCACACUAUACUCUGGAGGAGCCGGGCAUGCUCCUUGAACUGGCACUUCCAAUGGAGACAAGUCUCGGCAAAACCCUUAGGUCCUAUCUUGAUGCCCUGGCUCUAGGGUUCUUUUUCAUUCUUCAUCCCAGGAUAGUGUUCUAUGCUCCCGUGCUGGGGUUAAGCGAAGACUUUCUUCCUCGGUAUCAACUGACAGCCGAUGAGGAUUAUCUACGUACUACACUGGCUAGGCUAUAUAAAAAGGACCUUGUCGUUGCUACCAGUGACACUUCCAAGAAUGACUACUCUCUAGCUGUUUCCAUUUGCAUGUCGCCAUCUUCAGAGCGCUUAGAUCACUUUUCGGUGGAGUACUUGGUAGUAGUUAAUAGCACACCAUUGACAGGACUACGCUCUCCCUUAUGUCCCACAGCAUUGGAGAGUCUAGACUUCCUUGCGGAGUAUGAUAUAACUCUCAAUAGAUUUGCUCUGGCUGAUGAGCUUACUUUGGAGAGACCCUUUAGUUCAUUUUACAGAGCAGCUCCUCAAGGUGGUGCACUAAUAGAAUCCUGUGUUAUCGUUGUAGCCAUUUACUCUAACAAUUGUGCAGGGUUUACAACUCCAGACAAAACGUCUCUGGUUGCUCAUCCUGUCCUCUCCUCUGAUGUACUGAAUAACCUUAUAUCUGCCUUUUCGGAGUGCACGUCUAGAUUUCCGUCUGGUUUGAAGAAAAUAAGUGAUCAGAAGCAGCAGCUGCAGCAGAUGUCCAUUAAGCAUAUCCUCGCCGACAUAGGAGUACUCUCGUCACUUCUUUUAACUGAAGAGGAAUCAAAUGCAUUCACUCGCAAACACCAUGCCAUGUCCCUUGAGGAGGCUAUCUUUAAAGCUUUUUCGCCCAUCUUAGGUGAGUGA